GUCAGGAGAACUAGCCUGCAGUACUGCACUCUAACCACUGGGCCACUGCAGUUCUUUACCUUCAGGCGGUGCUUUCUUUCUGUUGUCAGGCCCUUGCAGCUGAUGUGAGGCUGAUGUGGGUCAUACAAGGCUUUUGUUCUUGAAGAAGCUUCAGAGAAUACACUUCCAUGGCUUCUGCUGCCUCUGAAAACCACGUAAAAGUAUAUAUCCCAUUAUCACUCAGUUUUUGGAAGCCUCGCAAGAGCAUACCCUCUUCUCAUGCGGCGUCUGCAGCUUCCAAAAAUUGCACAAGAAUGGGACUGUGCUUUCAAGAAUAGUUGUCAAGUGUUGGUGAAUGCAUGCCACCAAAAACAGUGUGUCAUAGAUUUGCCAUCACCUCUUUAUGUUUCCCAUUGCUUUGCCGUAGCAUACCUUUUACAUCCUAUCAGGCUCCAGCACUUUGCACCUGAAUCUCUUUUAUAUGUGAGAGAACACCUCCACCCCACCACUGCUUUGGGUCUCCUGCUUGUUCCAAAGCACCCCUUUCUAAGGAUUUGCACAACCCUAAAAUGUAUCCAAAUAAAUGUGUAUAUAGACAAUAAAAAUCACUUGAACGCGAUUAACUAAUCAUUUUACACAUUAGCUAUUGGAAAAUCCUCUGUGACAACCAGUAAAAACAAUCUUCUUUUUACCUAACCCGCAUGUCCCUUUGUUGAACUUUGAUGGAUGAUCCUAGGUUCUAAAAUUACUUGUCCUUUUUCUUAUUCUUAUUGAAGAAUGAUUGUAGCUGUUUUUCAUAUGAAUGUUGAGACAUGCAUAUUUCUGGAAACCUGAGCACAAAGUAUUUUGCUUGUAUUUUCUGUUCCAGCUUGAGCAAAUCUGCUAACCUAGUCUGUUCAUGCGACCUGAACUUGUAACUUGAGAAGCUUCUGUUUUUUUCAAUACCAUAAUUGUCUCAUUUAUGAAGAAACCUGUCCUGGAGUUCUAGAGACUUGGCCAAUUAUUACCAAAAACCCUUUAGCACACUCUUCAUAAAGGAAUUUCUACAUCCACUCAGUAUCUAUUAAUAGUUAAUCUGCUGUAAUAUAAAUCUGACCUCCAUAGCAAAGCAAGUAUUAAAGAGACUGGACUGGACAGAAGACUGACAUAAAAAGGGAGGAGAAAUUGUGGAUUUGCCCUGACAAAGAACUGGCUUGCUGAAACUUCAAGACCCAAAACUAUGCUGGUCCUCUCCUGUCCUUACAAACUGCGCUUAUUGGAGGGAAUGCUGAGGAAAAAUCUCCCUCAGGCAAUUGUGGUGCACGGAGCAGUCAUGAACAUAAAUCGGGGGAAUCCAGUUCAUCACGAGGUGAUUGUGGAUUCAUGGCCAGAGUUCAAAGUUGUCCUCACCAGACCAUCCAAAGAGAUUGUCACAGAUCCCUCAGACAUGUAUUCCAAUGUGUAUGGAGCAUUUUAUCAGGAUCUGGAUGCGUAUCGGAGGCUUGUAAAGGAUACGGAUGCUGUCAACUGGGACCACACCUUCCAUCUCUUUGGGACUCAAGAAGGGAUACCCGAAGCUACCGAGGAUGCAGCAGCUGCUAAACAAACAAAGUUAUCUGUAACUCCUCACUUCCUCUAUGUGCUUUCUCAUCCAAAUAAAUUGCCAACUGGUAGGGUAGAGCCCGGCUUCAGACUUUCCUCCUUGAAUAGUUCCAACGUUGAUCUGCUGAAUGAAACAUGGCCCUAUGGGCGCAAUGAACAAAGCCGCAGGUAUCUGGCCAAAAUGAUACAGCAUUUCCCUAGCAGUGCCAUUCUGAACCAGGAGGGACAACCUAUCAGCUGGACAUCAAUGGAUCUUUUUGGCACACAAGCGCACGGAUAUACCCUCCCAGCAUUCCGCGGGAAGGGAUAUUUAGCUAUAACAUCUAAGGCACUUUCUAUGCAGGCCUAUAAUGCUGGAUAUCCUUUAUAUGGCUUUGUUGUACUAAAAAAUAACACUAUGCAGAAUGUGUUGGAAAAGGGAGGGUAUCAGAAAGUAUCUGAGCUGAGCUACUUGUGCUUUAAUGACACCAGUUAGCAGAACAGAAUGAAGGACAGAAGCUAUUUUCCUUGAUUUAAUCAGAUUUUUGUCACCUGCUCCCUGAACUCUGAGAGAUACUUAAACACUACCUAUUGGAUAGCUAUAGGAUAUCAUCCAGAUGCCCUGUGGGGGGCGGGAUCAGGCUUAUGAAGAAUAUGUCUCUGAAAUUUCUUUGAUUGUCUUCAGCCAAUGUUUGUUUGUUGACCAGGCCUAUUCUUAAAUGUCUCAUUCUUUGACUUAAGAUAAUAUUUAGGAUUUGAAUUCUACCUCAACCCAAGUUCUCCACAGGCUUCCUAGAGCUGCUGGAGGCCUUUUCAGAUGAUGUCAACUGCUGGCCAGAUUCAGCUCUUCUUCCUCUUUGUACCUCUGAGGAGGCAGUCAAUGACAGCAUGUUAAAUGUGGUUGGCAAGCAAUGACAGUAUGUUAAAUGUGGUUGGCAGGCAUUUGACAAAUUAAGUGUAAUUUUCAAGCACAACCUCCCUGAAGAGAAAAAAUAAUAAUUAGCGUGUCUACUUGUUCUAAUAUAUGCCAGCAAAACAUGGACGCUAACCUCACAAUCUACAUAAGUGGCUCAAAGAGCCAUGGAAUGAUACAUGCUCGGCGUCACAGGACACUAUAGAAAGACCUGCAUGUGGAUCAGAAAACAAACAAUGCCAUAAAAAGAGUAAAAGAACUAAAAUGGAAAUGGGCUGGUCACAUAACAAGACGAACUGAUGGCAGGUGGACCAAAGCAAUCAUAUAAUUGAUCCUACUUGAUAAAAAGUAUCCACAAAAGAGACCUAAAAUCAGAUGGAGCAACAUCACCAAGUAUUUCAAGCCCAACUGGCAAAGAAAAGCUCCAGACCGUGUUGGUUGGAAGCAUGUGGAAGAGGCCUUUGUCUUGGAAUGGAUAGACAAUGGCUCUAAUGAUGACAAGAGUUGUUGCUUUUGAAUUGAUUCCUCUGCAAUUUACAAGUUGAACUAAUAUAAUAUUUCUUUUUUACACUAUGAAUGGAAAAAAUACUAACCGUAGACUAAACUCCCCUGCCAUAUCAGCAAUGUACAUGCAUUGAGGGACUAUGCUUAAGUCACCCUUCUCUAAUUGAAAAAUUGACAUUACAAGGAAUGAUCCACUCAAUCACAAUUGUUCCAAAUAAAAGGUUUUUUUUUUACCUUGAAACCUGUUUCAAAGGUUUUUCCGAUUCCCAAAAUAUAGUGAAAGGAUUGGUCAAAUCACCUAUAGUCUAAACAUAAUAUAUUCUGUAUAAAUAGAAUAUCUGAGAACCAAGGAAUGGAUCUUGGAUGCCUCAUAUUCUAAGAAGUGAUUCAUUAGCAGAUAUGAUUACUCAUUAUUAUACAUUGCUAUUCAAAAUACCUUUCUAUCUUUCUGAAUUAUUAUUCAGCCACCCACACUUGUGAAAAACAU